UUUAAAUUAUUUUUCCUCAUUUCCCGCUGUCCCGGGAUGUGGCUGCCCCCCGUGUCCGAGGCUCCGCCACGCGCCCGCCCGCGCAUCUCCCCGCGGCGGGGGCGGCCCCGGGAACAGAGAGACGAUGGUAUCUCCGCCCUUCGCGGCGCUGCCCUGCGGAAGUGACGCGCGGGCGGGCGCAGCGCGGCGCGCGGCGGCCAUGGGCAGGAAGGAGCGCGAUAAGAAGAAGUCUAAGAAGCGCCAUUACGAUGACGACGAAGACGAUGAGGACGAAGGUGCCGGGAAGGAGCCGCAGGAGGCGGUGCCGUCGGCGGCGGGGAAGCAGGUGGAGGAGAGCGGCACCAAGGUGGACGAGUACGGCGCCAAGGACUACCGGCUGCAGAUGCCCCUGAAGGCCGACCACAGCUCGCGGCCGCUCUGGGUGGCUCCUGAUGGACAUAUAUUUUUGGAAGCCUUUUCUCCGGUUUACAAAUAUGCACAGGACUUCCUGGUUGCCAUUGCUGAGCCUGUGUGCAGACCCACCCAUAUUCACGAGUACAAGCUGACUGCUUACUCCCUGUAUGCUGCUGUGAGUGUGGGCUUGCAGACAAGUGACAUCACUGAGUAUUUGCAGAAACUCAGCAAGACUGGUGUCCCAGAUGGAAUCAUUCAGUUUAUCAAGCUGUGCACCGUCAGCUAUGGGAAGGUGAAGCUGGUUCUGAAACAUAACAGGUAUUUUGUGGAAAGUACCCACCCUGAUGUCAUUCAGCAGCUUCUGCAAGACCAUGUAAUUAAAGAAUGUCGCCUGAGAAAUGCUGAAGGUGAAGAGACAGAGCUGAUUACAGAGACAUUCACAAGUAAAUCAGCGAUUUCCAAAUCUAGUGAAGGUGGCCUUGGUCCAUCAACUUCACAGGGAACAGAUGCUCAGAAUAAGCCAGAUGUUCCAGCUGACUUAUUUGAGUUUUAUGAACAGAUGGACAAAGAUGAGGAGGAGGAGGAGGAAACGCAGACGGUGUCUUUUGAAGUCAAGCAGGAGAUGAUUGAAGAACUUCAGAAGCGUUGUAUCCAUUUGGAGUACCCCUUGCUGGCAGAAUAUGACUUCAGAAAUGAUUCUGUGAAUCCUGAUAUCAAUAUAGAUCUGAAACCUACUGCAGUCCUCAGGCCCUAUCAAGAGAAAAGCCUAAGGAAGAUGUUUGGGAAUGGACGAGCCAGGUCUGGUGUUAUUGUCUUGCCAUGUGGUGCUGGCAAGUCUCUGGUGGGAGUGACAGCCGCGUGCACUGUGCGCAAGCGGUGCCUGGUGCUCGGCAAUUCUGCCGUGUCUGUGGAGCAGUGGAAGGCCCAGUUCAAGAUGUGGUCCACCAUCGACGACAGCCAGAUCUGUCGCUUCACAUCUGAUGCCAAAGACAAGCCCAUUGGCUGCUCUGUUGCCAUCAGCACAUACUCCAUGUUGGGGCACACGACAAAAAGGUCUUGGGAAGCAGAAAGAGUAAUGGAGUGGCUUAAAAGUCAAGAGUGGGGCCUUAUGAUACUGGAUGAAGUCCAUACCAUUCCUGCAAAAAUGUUCAGACGUGUGCUCACUAUCGUCCAAGCUCACUGUAAACUGGGGCUGACUGCUACCCUGGUCAGAGAAGAUGAUAAAAUUGUUGACCUGAACUUCCUGAUUGGACCAAAGCUCUAUGAAGCCAACUGGAUGGAGCUGCAGAACAGUGGCUACAUUGCCAAAGUCCAGUGUGCUGAGGUCUGGUGCCCGAUGUCACCUGAAUUUUACAGAGAAUAUGUAGCUAUUAAAACAAAGAAAAGGAUAUUGCUCUAUACCAUGAACCCAAAUAAAUUCAGAGCCUGUCAGUUCCUGAUUAAGUUUCAUGAGCGACGGAAUGAUAAAAUCAUCGUCUUUGCUGAUAAUGUGUUUGCACUGAAGGAAUAUGCAGUCAGACUUGGGAAACCUUAUAUCUAUGGUCCUACUGCACAAGGGGAAAGAAUGCAAAUUCUACAAAACUUCAAGCACAAUCCAAAAAUCAACACUAUUUUCAUUUCCAAGGUAGGGGACACAUCCUUCGAUCUGCCAGAGGCCAAUGUUCUCAUUCAGAUUUCAUCCCAUGGUGGGUCACGAAGGCAGGAGGCUCAAAGGCUGGGACGAGUGCUGAGAGCCAAAAAAGGCAUGGUUGCGGAGGAAUACAAUGCCUUUUUUUAUUCCCUUGUAUCCCAAGACACUCAGGAAAUGGCAUACUCAACAAAACGACAACGGUUUCUUGUAGAUCAAGGUUAUAGCUUCAAGGUAAUCACAAAGCUGGCAGGCAUGGAAGAAGAAGAGCUUUCAUUUUCAACCAAAGAAGAACAGCAGCAGCUUCUCCAGAAAGUCCUGCAAGCAUCUGACCUGGAUGCUGAGGAGGAAGUAGUUGCUGGAGAAUAUGGUUCAAAGUCAGCUCAGGUGUCGCGCCGCACAGGCACCAUGAGCUCCAUGUCCGGGGCAGAUGACACCGUUUACAUGGAGUACCACUCCUCACGGAGCAAGGCGUCUUCAAACAAGCACAUCCACCCCCUGUUCAAACGCUUCCGCAAGUGACGUCCUUCACACCGGCGCCUCCUUGAAAUGUCACCCCUGUACUUGUUCCUGUUACUGGAAAGAUGGAGUUGAAAUUUAUGACAGCUCCUUUAAAAGACUCUUUUAUAUGCAUCUGUACAGCCACAUAUUUACUUACCAAUGUAUGUACUCUCGUAGGUGAAUGGGAAAGCAAAGAAGGAACUAAAUCUUACCAUGAAAAUAUUUUUAGAAACUUUAAGAUACAAAUAUGUCAUGGCACAUACUUUUUUUUGCGUGGCACUGUGCUCCUUGUCUUAUGCCCUCAUUUCCUCAUGGCCAGAGGGCAGAAGCAUAUGGGCCACUUCGUUCAAGGGAAGUACUUGUCUGGUUUUCAGGGUAAUUAAUAGAUUUUAUUUUUAUCAGCUGAAGAUUCUUUUUCAGAAGAGUCCUGAAAAGGUUUUGUAAAUGAAGUUUGUACUGAUGUUUGAGAUAUUAUUUAUCUGAUUCUUGUGUCUGCUCAACAAUAUACUGUUUUUCAAAAUGCUUAAAUAAAAUCAUUCAGUGAGCUGAACAAAUCCUGAGAGGAGCACUUUACAUUAUAUUUUUAAACUAAGAGCUAAUUUAUACUUGUGACUUUACCUGUAUUAAAAUUCUAACAGAUAGGUCAGAAAUACUUUAGAAUUUGAAGACAAGAAGAAAAAGAGACUCUGUCUCCAAAGUAAACUCAAGGAAAUCAUUAGUAGUUAAUACAAAUGAAUUCUGUGCUUGUUUUCCUAAUUUUUCUUGCUACUGUUGAGAAGUUGCUCAAAUAAAAGCUGUUUCUCUUGUUA